AUGUCAUGUCCAUGGGGACACCUCAUCUCCACGUCUCUGGUGGCCCCGCAGGCCAUCCUGGGCUCCGUGGCCAACGCCUUCAUGGCCAUUUUGGGCUCUGUGGCCAACACCUUCAUGGUGGGCUGCGUGUCUGGGAAGAUCUCCCAGCCCAACAGAGACCCCAAAGAGGGGGGUCAAGACCCCCUUAGAGGGGUGCAGGACCCCAAAGAGGGGGGUCAAGACCCCCUUAGAGGGAGGGUUUCAGAAGACCCCGGGGCACUUCCCCUCCUUGGGGCCACCCCCCCGAGCGCAUCUCUGGCGGCCCCGCAGGCCAUCCUGGGCUCCAUGGUGAACGCCUUCAUGGUGGGCUGCAUGUUCGUGAAGAUCUCGCAGCCCAACAAACGCGCCGAGACCCUCGUGUUCUCCUCGCACGCCGUGGUCUCGCUGCGCGACGACCGCCUGUGCCUCAUGUUCCGCGUGGGCGACCUGAGGGAUUCCCACAUCGUGGAGGCCUCGAUCCGGGCCAAGCUCAUCCAGUCCAAGCAGACCCAGGAGGGCGAGUUCAUCCCCCUGGACCAGACCGACCUGAGCGUGGGCUUCGAGACGGGCGACGACCGGCUCUUCCUCGUGUCCCCCCUCAUCAUCAGCCACGAGAUCGACGAGCGCAGCCCCUUCUGGGACGUGUCGCGGGGGCAGCUGGAGAGGGACGACUUCGAGAUCGUCGUCAUCCUCGAGGGGAUGGUGGAGGCCACAGGUAACACGGAGGGGGAUGGGGAGGGGGGG